AGAGAGGUUAGAGACAGAGAGAGAGGGGAAGGAAACACCACAUAAAGAGACAGAAGAGAGCCCUUCCUGGAACUCUCCAGUCCUCUCUGACUGCCGUCGCUCGCUGAGGGAGAAAGACAGCAGUGUUUUAAAGAGGAACAGAGUACCUGGUUGUCAUUCUGCUGAGGGCUGAGACAAACAGAGGAGAAGAAGACAUGUCUGGUCAUUUACUAAGGAGAAACUCCAGCAAGGAAGGUCUGCAGAACCUGCUCAGGGUGACGGCCCAGCGCAGUAUUGAGGAUGCUGAGGAGAUAGAGCGGGAACGGAGACGAAGGGCCAGGGAGAGACAGGGAGACCAGGACCCCCACACUGGCCCAGCCAGCACCACCAGCCCCACACCGGACAAUGGGCUCCCGGAGCUAUAUCCAAUGUGUGAGAGUGAGGUGAAGGCUAGUGGCUGCCAGUUGGCUCUGGAGGAGGACGAGGGCUUCAGUGACUGGACCCAGAGGUUGGAGAAACGCAGACAGCGCCACCUGGAGGAACAGGAGUCCUCGGAGGACCAUCAGCCCCAGCAGCAGCAGAAUCAGCCCCAGCAGCAUCAACCCCAGCAGCAUCACCCGCAGCAGCAGCAUCAACUCCAGCAGCAUCACCCCCAGCAGCAUCAACCCCAGCAGCAGCAGCAGCCCCAGCUGCUCAGGCUAAACAGAGCCUCCCCAAUCAGACCCUGCUUGAAGACACGUCCUGGACCUGGGCCCGAGGAGAGGGAGGAGAAGGAGGUAGAGUGGGAACGAAAAGCCAGCAACAAGACACAAGACACUUCAAGAAGAGUAACAGAUGACAAGGUCGUGGAGAAGAAGAAAUCUGAGCUGAAGAUCUCCUACACCUCUAAAGUCAUGAGACACGUCAACAGCAACGGGGAAGCAGCUGGAGCGGAAGUGACCUCAUACCUAGUUGCAGGGAAACUGUCUCCAAGUCGUAGUGGCAGCUUGGGAGGGCAGAGACAGGAGGAGGUGGAUGGAGAGGUUCCCGGGGGGCAGCUGGAGACAGAGAAGACACCAGGCCAGGGACAGGGCACCCUGGAACAGCUGAGACAGAGACAGCAGGAGGACCAGGAGGAGAUGGAGGAGUUGAACCGCAGGAGAGAGGAGAAACGCAGAGCCAGGGAGGAGGAGGAGCACCAGAGAGAGAAAGAGGAGCAGCACAGGCAGGAGCAGGAGGAGGAGGAGAGGAAGAGGGUGAAAGAUGGGAUAGAGAGUAGGAGGAUGGCGGCUUCAGAGAGAAGGAUGAAGAACCUCAGUAUUUCCAGCAUUGAGGGAGACGAGUCCUUCAGCCCCUUCAGUCCCAUGAGCCCCACCUUCAAGAAUGACACCGAGGAGAGGAUGACGUCUGAGAAUACCUGCACGAUCAACGACAGGACUGAGUCUCUGAACCGCUCUCUGCAGAAAAGUAACAGCAUCAAGAAGACCCGCCUCCCAUCCCCAUCUCCAAGAUCGACAACAGGCUGGAACAGUACACUCAUGCCAUAGAG